UGAUUACUAGCUGAGCCGUUUUUUCAUUACAUGUAAUAUGAUUGUGAAAAUAACAGCGUGAUGAGCGUUUGUCAAAAAUGACAGAAGUAGUUAUUCUGUAAAAUUAGCCCAACUUACACGCGACAUGCGUUAGCAGCAGAAAAGAAAGAGAGUUGUGUCCUGCAGAGACUGAAAUUAAUGAGCAGCCUAAAAAGUCUCUGGGUGAUUUAGCGUCGCAUUUAGUCAAUAUUCCGCGUUUUUAAUUAAAUAACAAGCGCUUAACUUCGCCUGCGGGGAUGAUUUAACAACCUGCGAAACCUUUAGGCGUUUUCAGGAAUGUUUGCCAGGGGACAUUAACGCUUACUGACCGACUGACCCCUUUAUAGAAACGUUCCGCGGUCGGUUGAUAAUUCUAAAGAAACCCGCACAUGUCUGACUGGAAAAGCGCUUUCUUGAGGAACCGCGUGAUCCCGCCUCACAGCCAAACAGCCAGACAAGCUCCAGGAUCUUCUCAAGGUCUUCAGCUGCUCUUCAAACAGAUAGAUGGACUUCACCUAAAACAGUCAGAGUCAUCGCCAUCACUCCAGUAUCAGCUGCGUGUGACCCUGUUUGACUCGGGUCACCAGCACUUCUUCGGGCGCACAUGGAAGAGCGGCUCACACUCUGUCAGUGGCGUACAGGGUCAGAGCGGUCGGGUGCUCUUCAAUGAGGUUGCAUACUUCCACACUUCCUUGUGUUUGAGUUCUGUGGUGGCAGUGGUGGAGUUGGUUACUCUGUCUACCAGGGCAGACAGUUCCCAGGAUGCACUGGGGUCGGGGUUUGGACUGCUUCAGCUCUUCACAGGUCGCGCAGACACCGGCAUCUCUCAGGGGGAGGGCAGGUUAACUCUCUUCAGUGGGACCCCUAGAGCCCUCUUUCACCCGAUGCUGAAAGACCCUUUACAGUUGAAUGCUGUAUUAUCAGUGAUGGAGGGCUGUCAGCUGCUUUACUCCAUACAGCCACACCCAGCUCUCACUCCCAUCAUGCACCUGCUCCCGCCCAACAUUUUGGUGUCUGGACAUGACAGCGUCCCCGGUGUGCUGUCAUCUGCGGACACAGGCACAGCAGAUGUGCUGCGGAAGCCUCGUCUGUUGAAGAGCUUCUCGUGUGUGUUGGAGGGACUACGUGUGGCACUCUUCCCCUCCGUGGAGGUCUUCGAAUCUGACCUGCUCCAGCUGCUCAACAGAGACUGCCAGAAUACAUCUUCCCUUGUUGGUGUUGCUGAGGAUUACGUCAUCACAUAAUUUAUCAUAUGUAUGAUAAUCCCCCAGUCAUAGCUCUCCAGAGACAUUGAUCAAGAUACUAGCCCUAUCUGUUAUCGACUUAUGCUUUUCCAAACACGAGGGAGGAGGGCGCACUGAGCUCGAAAUGGACAAUCAAUAUCAUUUUUUCAUAAAUGAUAUAAAGACAAUUAUUAUUAUUUUUCCUUUUUACUGUCUUUUAGAGGCAUCAAAUAAAAUCUUGGGAAGGGAGAGAUCAAACAGAUCUCAAAUAACAGACUUUCAAAA